UAUUUCUUUAUUUAUUUGUUGUGCAUGAAAGUUUACUGAGUUACCUUUAAUUUAAUAUGAUAAAUACAGAUGCAAAUUCAAAUACGAAAAUUACAUCACCUGCUUGUCUAAAUAUGCCUAACACUAUACAAGAGACAGAAUACGAGCAAAACGAUCUUCCUCAACGUAACUCUUCUCAUCUAACAACCCAUUCCAAUGAAACAGAUUUUACCCAACUAACUACUACUAAUUCAUCUAUUAAAACAAUGUUCAUUCCAACAUCAUCUUCAUCUAUUUCAUCAGACAGACAUAAGGAAGGUAUUAGGCGUCAGUAUGACCAAAAACCAGAAAAGAUUCCAGACGUUGCUGCUGAAAUGGAAAAAUGGUUUGCAAUUACAGAUAGGUGAAAAUUCAUUUAGCUUUGAAUUUACAUUGUACUCUUUUUUUUUUUUUUU